AUGGAUAGAAUCUGGAGGCCCAGGCAAGGGUCUGACCGACCAGAGGCUGAAAGGGCCUUUCAAAGGGCAAGAGAGCUUUUGUCAUCACUCUUCGCCAAGCCUUCCAACCUACAAGCGGCUGUACGGUCAAGAGCACUUUUGUCAAGAGUCGAGUAUCUGUACAACCGCAAUCCAGAAUCUCUGACGAAAGAAGUAAUUGAGGAUGCCUUCCGCUACCAGUACAACGCUCGUCCUGAGGUCCUACGUUUUCUUGUCGAAAAGAAGCGAGUUAGCCGUCGUGAAAUUACUCUACUUCUGGCUAGGCAAUUGGUGGACGCCAUUCCUGUACUGCAGUCAGAACCUGCGCGUAGUUGGGAGUCGGCAAAGGUCAUGGCGAACCUUGUGAAGCUUGUGUACACUUUUCCGGGAUGCCUGACGGAUAAAACUCUCGCCUGUCCGCUGAGCAUGGCACUGUUUUCCACCAUUUUCCCUCGGGAUCUGCUGGUCUCAAUGCUACAAUGCUUGCCCAGUAAAAGAGAAUUCAGUGCAUUCACUCUUGGCAGCUAUUCCCAUUUGCCAUUGCACCUACCCCUCCGUCAGCAAAUCAGAACAUCUCUCAGUGAUCCACGUAGUAUGGAAGCUUUUGAUGUCAUUCUGAAGAAAACGGACACAAUAUACAUUCGCCGCAAGGAGUUGACCAGAGCAGAGGUCACCGAGAUGCUUCCCAUGCUCUUCCGGGGAACCAAUUUCACCAGGUACCUGCACAUCGAAACUUUUGGAAUCCAGGCAGCUACCGGUCCAAAUGAUGGAUCGCUGAAGGAAAUGGUUGACCCAGCAAAAAGACUGCUCGAAGAGAGUGGAGGGAACUCGCGUAUUCAAGUUUUCUCAAUUUCGUACAAUCAUCCUCAGCAUGAACCGGACUUCUCCCCCAUACAAAGCUUGCUCGUCCACAUGAAAAACCUCCAAUGUUUGCAUAUUUUCGUUCAACCACCAUGGAAGGUGUCCCAGGAGUUGUGUGAGUCUCUGUGUGGUUUGGUCAAGCAGGGAAGACUUCUGGAUCUGAUGGUGCAGGGUGAAACAGCGGAAGCAGGGCUGCUAUUGCCACUGAUUGAUGCUGUUGGCAAGAGUAAUACUAUGGCUUACCUCCGGCUGGAGUAUUUGCGGAACCAAACGGAAGUUGAUAUGUACCAGGAUGAGAUGCUGACGAUUCUUGGUCGCAAUACACGAUUCAGGUUGGUUUUGAUCUCUAAGGAUGCUGUUACAAUCGACGCAUUUUCGCUACUUUUUCCUGAAUUGAAGAGACGCAUCAACAAAACCUGGUUCCUUGAUCGGACCAGAGGCAACGACAAGCAGAGGCUCAUCGACUACACAACAAUGUUGAAUUUCUGUGGGCGUGGCAAAGCAAAAAGUGCCCAACUCGAGGACUUUGUUGAAGUGGUUUCGGCUGAGGCGAUUGGUCGUGGCAUUGGUUUUUUGAAAUUUACCGGUGAUGCCAAGCAGACAAUGAUCACGAAUCUACAAUUCGGGCUGCUCCGUCUUCAGCCUUCAACGUGGUUGCCGGUUGCUAGCCAUAGUAGCCACGGACGCACCCUGGACCUCAACAGCGCACGAAAGCGCAAGGCCACGGGGUCUCCAGAGGCGUAA